GAUACAAUCUUGAACUCACUUUAAUAAUGUAGAAAACAGUCUAUGAUUGCUAAAGUUGGCAGCCCCUUCAUUCUCCACAUGUUCCUCGAUUGAUCUUAUCAUCAUCCAACUCAUACUUUAUAUUUCUAUUGCAUAUAGUCUGUGCCUCACUAGAAUGUAGUCUCCAAGAGGACUGGGAUUUUGAUUUCCAUCACCAAGAACAGCGCUUCGUACAAGGCAGUUCCUCAAUAAAUGAUUACCAAAUGAACGGAUUUGAUCAGCUUUAAGAUAAAAUUUUAUUUUGAGACAAAAUUCAUGCUAAGGUUACAGACGAUUCGUGAAAUGAGUGACUCUGAGGAUGAUGAUGUCCCCCGGCUGUCUUCCCACGCCUUAGCAGCCCUCCAGGAAUUUUAUUCUGAGCAGAAGCAACAAAGCGACCCAGGCGGGGAUGAUAAAUAUAAUAUUGGAAUAAUAGAAGAGAACUGGCAGUUGAGCCAGUUUUGGUACAGCCAGGAGACCGCUUUGCGACUUGCCGAGGAAGCCAUUGCAGCCGCGGGAGAAUGUGGCAGAAUAGCCUGUGUGAGCGCCCCCAGUGUUUACCAGAAACUGAGAGAGCUACACAGAGAAGACUUUUCUAUAUACAUCUUUGAAUAUGACAAAAGAUUUGCUAUAUACGGAGAGGAGUUUAUCUUCUAUGAUUACAAUAAUCCAUUGGAUUUACCUGAAAAAAUUGCUGCACACAGUUUUGACAUCGUAAUAGCAGAUCCCCCCUAUCUCUCCGAGGAAUGUCUCAGGAAAACGUCAGAAACCAUCAAGUAUCUGACUCAGGGCAAGAUUCUGCUGUGUACAGGAGCAACUGGAAAACGAUACCCAGCAGUGGCAGUGACUGAAAAAUUACUCAAACCAGCGGUUUGAAAAGCACUUUUUAACUUACGAAUUUGAUGUUGUUGAGCUGGCAAUGAAAGUUUGCUCCAAACCUUCCGCUUUCUGGACAAGAACGUACUCCAGAUAUACUACCACUAGGGAUACCUUUUUUUUCCACAUUCACCACCGCUUCAGAGGUGGAACGGAGAAGAAAUUCCCAGACUGUCUAGAACUGUCCACAGCUAGCACUUUCAAUUUUGAAUUUCUGAAUUUUUGGAAAAUCUGGAUUUUGCUCAGCAAUGUGUUUUUCAUGUCCAACUUCUGUCAUUAUUUAGCACAAGUUGAAAGUUCUCUCCGUGAACCUUCCCUCCAGAUCGAACUAAGGCUGAUUCUCGGCAACUAGGAAGCUAAAGCUCCGGGAUUCGUGCAGCCCCCGAAGCUUGAGAGUGAAAGACACUUCUUGGUUUGGCUGGGGUGUCACGGGAGAGAAGACGGACGGACUUUGCAGGAGCAGUUGAUCUUUCAAAGACCAAAUGAGACUUAAUUUAAAUCUCAACCACGGAAUUAGGAUAAAGUGAAGACGGUUAGCUUCCUCUGGAAAUCAGCCGAGCCCCAAGAGAAACGCACGCGGCCAACGUACCCUUCAUCCACCGUUGCUUUAAUGAUUUAAAAAGAAAUCCUCGCUUUUACAAAUAAUGGUGUUCAACCUACAGAAGAGACUAUGGAUUCAGCUCACAUCGCAGGGUGUGAAAAAGAGGCCCCCAAUACUGACUUCUGGGAAUGGUAAGUUGGCCGGCUUCUCCCAUUCGCUAGUUCCUGAGGCCCUGAGACAGACUUGGAUUCUAGACACGUGGCAGAGACCCCACAUUCUACCUCUCGCCUCAUCCCUCCACCUCUUACUUGGCCCCACUUGCUUUCAAAGCGAAAACAAAUGUUCAGCUGUAUGAAUCUGCGGCCACACGUAGGCUCCUGAACAAACCAAGUCUGAGAUCCCUGGAACCCCGGCCUGGGGGCGCGAGCAGAGCCCCGGGGCUUCCCUGUCCUCCGCGCGGCAGCCUGCGGAGACCUUCAGCCGAAGCGGGUCACGUUUAGCCCCGUCCGUUCUGGUGUGGUCAGCGACUGGGGCCUGGCCGACCGGGGACGGCCACCGCGCCAUCUAAAAAGUUUAUCUGAAGAUUCCAAUCGUGCUUCUGAAAAAAUCUUGCCAGAGCAAGUGAAAACGAAAUGGUUAGAAAAUACACGUGACGUAAAAGGUUCUUAAUAGAAUUGCUCAAACCUCCUUCUAUAAAAAUAGCUUUUCCUCCGUUGAAAGCAGUGGAAUAAAAAGGCAGGUAUGUAUCCCACCUUUUUAAAGCAACUGCCUUCCGGAAGCACCACCUACCACCUGGCUCCGGAGGGUCACCCCUCCCCCUGGAGGCCCUGACGGUGCGCGGCGCUGCGGGGAAGGCUCGGAGCCCGAGGGCCGCCGCCGCCGCCGCACGCCGCCGCCAGCCACCUGGGGCAGGUCCCGGCCGCACGCCGCCGCCGCCGGCCUGACGUCGCGUCCCCGGUGACUUCCGGCAGCCUGCCCUGGCCGCCCCGCUGCUUCCGCCCGGAAGGAAAGCGGGGGUGGGAGGGCGGCCGGCCGGGCCCAGGGCCCGUCCCGCGCAGGCGCGUCCCGUUGUCCCCUUCGCUCGCUGCGUCCUCGCUUUCUCGCCUACGACGCGGCUCCGGGGACGCGGGCCUCGGGCAGCAAGGGCCUCAGGGCCGGCCCGGCUUGUCGCCGGGGCCGAGCAGAAGCCUGGCGCCCUGCUUGUCCAUGCUGGAGUUGACGGCGUCGGCCUCCUUCUCCUGCUCGGGGACGCAGGUGCAGCCCACGGGCACGGUGACGUACUCCUCGGUGUACACCCAGCGGCCGCCCGCGCAGGCCGAGGUCCGCCGCAGGAUGACGGUGGGCAUGUACACCGGGGCGCUCCGGAAACGCAGGUCCUCCUCCCCGAAGAGCCCGGUCAGGCAGCCCCUGCACAGGCAGUAGGCCUCGGGCAGGUACUUGGGGUACCUGGCAGGGUCGUAGGAAAUUCUGCAGGGAAGAGGGCGCGGGCUCAGUUCGUGCCCUGGGGCAACGGAACACACGACGCGCGGAGAGAGGGCAGCCUCCAAAAGAUUUCGGCCUCGGGACCGGUAAGCCUGGGGACCACUGGUUACUGGGGCCGGCAGCUAAUUCGGCAGGCGGUUAGCGUCCACGCGAGACCCCGAUCUAACAGGUCAACCGUGUGAGUCCGCCGGAUGGCAAGCGGUGAAGACAGGGUUUAUAGCUACUCUCAGGCCGUUCCUUGACAACGCUCUCAGAGUCUGCGCUAACGUACAUAGAAAAGGAAAAUGUAUAUAUUCACGCUAAUGCCUGAAAUCCAUCACCAAAGUUACAGGCUGGCAGAGGCAGCAGGCGGCUUGAGAGAGAGGCCGGGGGGCCGGUGAGACAGUGGGGUGCUCACUGACAGGUGACCGGUACACCCACCAGAACCUGAAACAGCCUCUGUGCCUCUGGCCACGACUUCCAGCCCUGAGCUUUAGAGCAGCGGUCCCCAAGGCCCCAGAUCUGCCUCCCCUCCGGCCACCGGGCUCUGCAGCCCCAGGUGGCCUGCCCACACUGGUCUCCAGGAAGGGGCCAUCUCUGCAAGGAGCAGACACUGGCCACCCGGGCUCUGACAGAGCCAUGGGCCUUUGCUCGAGACACCUGUCCAGAAGGUCACAAGGUAGGCCCUGUGUCCAUCUGUCUGUCAGGGUCUGUGUGCCCUCCUCUGUUAAGGGGCCAAAGCCGCACUGGGGAGGGCAGCCUGGCCAGCCCGGAACACUGGGGAAAUGAAUGCCGGUUUAAAUGUGAUCAUUUCCAUCCUCCGCCAAGGCUCCCUACUUCCUGGUCAGACGCCAAGAACCAACGUGAACACCUACAAAACAGCCUGCCGCCACAACGCCAGAGGAGUCUAGGGCUUGGCGGAGUCAGAUGGCUCCCUGGGAGGAAAAAAAAAAAAAAAGCACCUUCA